CUCGCCGGAGUAGUUUUGAAACGUUUGACGGCAAAAUUAGCCCCUUGCGCAUGCCCUAUCAACCCUUUUAUCUUUUUAUCGUUUCAUUGAUUGAUGACGACUCCAAGUUGGCAAGUUUCAGCCUUCCGCUGCUGCUGGACGAGUGGAUGACGAGCACUAGGCCCAUCUUGUUGUUUAUCCUUUUUCUGAACCUCACAAUGAGCGAUGCUACUGAAAUUCAGCUGCAGAUUACAGGUGUCCGAGGCCAAGAAGACGUGGUAGCAGAGUCUGACAAGAGCACGUCUCGAGCAGAUGGAACUGCGGCGGCGGCGGCGGCGGCGGCGCCGCUGCCGCCUGUGUCCAGCCAGCGGCUGCGGUGGUGGGCGGUGGUCCUUGCCAACAUCGUGUUCGUCCUCGGCGGGCAGAGCGUGGCCACGCUCCUCGGCCGGAUUUACUACGACCAGGGCGGCGGCAGCUUGUGGCUGGCGACGGUGGUGCAGUCCUGCGGCGCGCCGCUCGCCGUCCCACUGCUGCUCUACUUCCGGCGGCCAGAGGCCUCCCCGGUGGCACGUCCGCCGCUGCUCAAGAUCGCUGCCAUCUACGCCGGCCUUGGCGUCCUCCUCGCCGGCGACAACCUGAUGUACUCCUACGCGCUCCUCUACCUGCCGCUGUCGACGUACUCCCUCGUCUGCGCCACCCAGCUCUGCUUCAACGCCGUCUUCUCCUACUUCCUCAACAAGGAGAGGUUCACCGCGCUCGUGCUCAACUCCGUCGUGCUGCUCACCUUCUCCGCCGCGCUCGUCGGCGUGAGCCACUCCUCGGAGGAGACCAACAGCAGCGUCCCGGAGGGCAAGUUCGCGCUGGGGUUCGUCCUGGCGCUGUCGGCGUCGGCGGCGUUCGCCCUGAUCCUGUCCCUGAUGCAGCUCACGUUCGACACGGUGCUCAGGAGCAACGCGGCACACGCCGUGCUGGAGCUGCAGCUCUGGAGCAACGCCGCCGCGUCGUGCGUGUCGGUGGCCGGGCUGUUCAUCUCCGGCGAGUGGAGCUCCCUGACGGCGGAGAUGGACGGGUACAAGAAGGGCGAGGUGGCCUACGGGAUGACGCUGGCGUGGACGGCCAUCUCGUGGCAGCUCGCCACGAUGGGCAUGGUGGGGCUCGUCGCGACGGUGUCGUCGCUGUUCACGAACGUGAUCAGCACGGUGGGGAUGCCGCUGUCGCCGAUCAUGGCGGUGAUCUUCCUCGGCGACCGGAUGGACGGUGCCAAAGUGAUAGCCAUGCUCAUUGGCAUCUGGGGAUUCUUGUCCUACGUUUACCAGCACUACCUCGAUGACGCCAAGAGCAAGAACACAGCUGGGUCAGCUGACGUCACACAAACUUCAGAAGCAAAACUCUGAAGCCUGAUACGCCUGAUAGUGAUACCCAGAGUGAAUUUUACUGUACUUGAUCUCUUUUUUUUCACGGAAUCAAUUGGAAAUUUGGAAUACUGGUCUUAUCUUCCCUGGAAUAACGGGGUCAAUCAGAGUAACUGCAGAAUAACAGGAACUCGAUAAUCGCUUUUUGCUCAAAAA